GGGGAGAGGUGUCCGCCCAGCAGCCGGCUCCCUCCUUCACUUUCUCGGUGCAGCUGAGCGCGGCGCGAUGGGGGGCAUCGAGUGGGCCAUGUGGGCGAACGAGCAGGCGCUGGCCUCCGGCCUGAGUGAGUUUUUUGGGGGGACCCGAGGAGGGAGGGGGGAUGGACACCAGCAUCUCUCCUUGCUAAGUGGAGCAAAAGGGCCCCUGAGCAAGUGCGGAGUGUCCUUGUCGCCCCAGGCAAGGAAAAGCGGGCGAUGCCAGGUUAGAAACUGUUCUGAGCCCCCUUCCCGAAAUCUUUCCUUCGCGAAAGAAUUUGAGUCCCUCCAGCAGGUUUGUGGCCCGGGAGUCCUCUCUUCCUCCUCCAAUUCCCCUCACCCCCACAGUGGUGUGGUUAAACCAGAGUAAAUGAAGGAAUCUGCACUUUGCCCAUUGCAAGGGGCUCCAUAGCCUCAGUCCAUUUGUUUUGUGCCGGAGUGGGUGGGAUUAAAAAAAUUGGGGCGCAUCUUUUAGUGGAGUAGCUUUGGGCUGGGGAAAGCAGGGGGACCGGGUUAAAUGUGAGCGAGAGAGAGCCUGCCUGUGAGUUUGCAGAGCCAAGACUGAAAUUCUCAACCCCUUAAGUUCUCCCUUCUUUUUAAAAAAUAAAGAAAUAAAAUGUAUUUGUUCCUAAACAUUGAGCAUUCCAAUUAAACGUGCUUUUGUGAAAUUCCCAGUAUGUCAAUGGCCAGCAAUGAUAUGCCCUUUCCCCCAUUAAUCUCAAAUUAGUCUUGAUGAAACCAAAUCUUAAACUUUGAAUUUGCAUAGUGACUGCAACAGUUUUUACUCGUGUUUCAGUUCUGCCUUGCCAUCGGGUUAUGUGUGUGUUGUGACUCUCCUUGAUGUAUUUCCUUGCUGUGUGGGAGAGCAGUUCACCUGCCCUGUGGUGGUUAUGUUAAACACAUAACACACACCCUUUUUUGAUGGGGGCAUCCUUUUUAAUUGGGGCAGGAAGGAGACUUCUAGAUUUUUUGAGGGGAAAGGACUUUAACCUGGCUUGGCUGUGACCAUCAGAACCAAGGAGAUUUUUGUGCUUUCCUUUUGAGGAAGUGCAAUGGAUGAAAAUAAGGAAGGAAACUUGAUGUUGCCAUUAGCCCAGGAGUGAUCUGUGCAGGCUAGGGCAUUUGCAAGCACACAGCCUUCCAUUUUCCUGUUAGUUAAGGUGGAGUAACCAAGAGCCAUAUUGUGUAUCCAUAUUCAAAAUCAUUAGGGCUGAUUAGUUGGCCAGCAUCACUCAAUAGGACUUCUUGCAGUAAGGAAAGUGAUGGGGAAAGUGUGUGGUAAAAUUUGCUUUGAUGGACCAGACUUCCCUGCACACAGAAUAAAUGUUCAUUAAAUAGUCAGCAACAUAUAAUCUUCCUACAAACAAAUCAGGUUGAUUCCUCAAUAUAUAGGUUGUUUGGAAGCAGCCUGAGACUCUUAUCAAAACGGACAGCCCACAAACAUCCCAAAUGAGGUUUUUUUACUGGGUGCAUUGCUUAGCAUCCUGCAUCUGUUUGAGACAGCUCCUAUACAUAAGCGAAAGGGACCCCAGGCAUUUGGUGGCUGAAGGUUACUGUUCCUGACAACCCUGAGAUCCAUAAAUGAAAUAAUAUUUUUAAUUGUAACUGGGGUUUAAAAAAACAUUUUAACUAUUUUAGAACACUUUAAAAAAAUGUGUUUGCCAACCUGGGCUCCUUCAGGAGGAAGGGGGGAUAUAAAUUCAAUACAUAAUAAAUAAUCAGAACCCAGGGGACUACAGCUGAGCACUCAACAGAAAUGUGUAAAUGUAUCCAACUUUCAUAUUUUAUACCUUUGAUAGCACAAAUUCUUUUUUUCAAAUUUCCGCACCACGUUUAAAGCGUGUGGCUUCCUUCAAAGGAUCCCGGAAGCUGCAAAUUGUUAAGGGUGCUGGGAAUUGCAGCUCUGUGAGGGAAUAAACUACGUUUCCCAGGAUUCUUUGGAGGAAGCAAUGUGUUUGAAAUGUAAGGUGUGUACGCAGCCCCAGUCUAAACAUUGUACUGUUUGCUUUGCAUCUGUCAAUUGUUAUGUACUGUACGUCUUUCAUACCUAAAACAUGUACUCUCAACAUAAUGGAUAGUUUUACCUUGAGGCAAUGUGAAAACUGGACGUGUGUUUGUGUGCAAAUACUUGCACUUCUGGCUGCAAGUGCAGUUGCUGAAUUUGAGAGACAUAGCAUCGGCGCUUAGCCUGUGUUGAUUUGCGUGUGCCCCUCAGUCUUAUUUUUAUGUAAAACGAAAGCCAAGACUCUAAAUAUAAACAAAUCUAAUUCACAGAUAAACCUUUCAGUUACCGGUAAUCCUGGGAUAUCAUUUAGCCCCUAAACAGCAUCUUUAAAAAGAGAGAGUUUCAUGGUACCAUAAACAUAAAAAGAUUUCUUUCAGCAUAAACUUUCAUAGACUAGCUUUGUGGAGUGUUUAUUUGUAUGGCAUGCUACAGUAAAUCGUUUUGUCUCUAAUUUCCCACAAGACCCUUCCUUGUUUUCACUGCACCAUUAUUUGGAUCUUUUGAAGCUGGUAUCUUAAGAUGACGCGGAGCUCAGACGUCUUUGCCAGCUCCUUUAAUUCCUGCAUAGUUCGGCCUUCAUGCUGUAAUCACAGCAGUGCACAGAACAUCCCGUUUGCUUCCACAGGCCUGCUGGUGUGCUCGAAUGCGUCCAUCUGGCGCUCUGCUUGACGCAUCCCAGAUGUCCGCCUGGGUCCUUUCAGACAAGGAGGGCCUGGUGGCACGGCCAUGACAAGUUCUUGCUUUUUAAAACUUCAGUUGCCCUGUGAACCAAAACACAAGAGGCAGCAGAAGGGAGCUGUUUCUGGCUGCUUUCUCGAAAUGACUUUGCCGCUGGGAGCCUCGCAUGCUCCCUUGACAAAAUAAGAAAUGCUGCCCAGGUCAGAGGAACCAGCAGCCCCAGCCUUGCGUGCCUUUUCUGCAGAAGUGGGCUUGUUGUCUGUACAUACAGAGAAAGUUCCUUUAAUCUGGGUUAGUGAGUUCACACAGACAGAGGAGGGUUUAUGGCCUAGCACCUUGCAAAAACUUUUUCAUGAAAUCAGUGCUUGCUCCUGUUCCACACCCACCCACCCAGAGCAGUCAGGGGGUGAGGCAAUGACAGACUGGGAGAAGGUUUCACUUCUUGGUUCUUCUUCCUUGCAAAGAUCUGAUGGUGGUAAACUAGCCUUGUGGGAAUUUCCCUGAGAUCAGGUGACCUAGUAGGAAGUGAGGCUCUAAAGGAAAGAGGCAUAUGAAGAAACCUGUCUGCUAGAUCAGGCCAAAGGGGACCCGUCUAGUUCAGACUCCUUUUUGCACUGUGGCUAACCAGAUGCCCCAAUGAGGGGCAGACUCUGGUCUUUCACCUGCAUCCUGUGCAAGACCAAAAUUUGGCAUGUCUCCACCCAUCGCCUCCCAUUCUACACAUGCACUACAUUAUAGCUGUGACUCCCUAUGGCUCCCCACUGUUAUGUAUUGAAGUUCUCACCCUGGCCACCAGGAGUAUCGUGUAUGUAGUUUUCACUCAGCUCCCACUGUUAUGUAUUGAAAUUCUCACCCUGGCCACCAGGAGUAUCGUGUAUGUAGUUUUCACUCAGGUCCAUGUCAGUUACUUUAGGCGGGAAACCUUGCUGGAUCGCCGAGGGCCAGUACCAGAGUCCAGGUGGCCUUGCGGAUUUCCUGGGUGGAGAGUUAAGCAGCUUCUGAGGCCACGGCCUCCUCAGUGGCUUUCUGCAGCGUGAGGUCUGGUUUGGCAAGGAGACGCCUAAAGUAACUGACAUGGACCUGAGUGAAAACUACAUACACGAUACUCCUGGUGGCCAGGGUGAGAACUUCAAUACAUAACACCCACUGUGGGGGAACCGGCCGUGCUGCCGUAAAUCUGCCACUAUGGAAACUGCCCCCUCCCCACCCACCCCCAAACUUGGCUUAUCUAGCGCAAUAUAGCCUACACUGGCUGGCAGCAGUUCUCCAGGGUUUCAGGCAGGAGUCUUUCCUAUCUGUUCUCAGAGAUGAAGGGGGUUGAAUCUGGCAGGUACUCUGCCCCUGAGUUAUGGCCCUUCCCUGAGCUUAUAUCCGCCCCCUGCACCCCCACCCCCACCCUAAAGAUUUCUUCCACAUUUGCAAACAUUGGAGUUUCCCUGAUGCCUCCUUCCCUCUUGCACCAAGAUGGUGACAUUUUUGACUACGCAAACACCAGCAGAAACAAAGGGUAUGACCUGAUCCCGGAGGCAGUAGCAUACAGGCACUGUGUGACUCUUAGCCACUGAUAGCCUCCUCCUCUGUGAAUUAGUCUAAUCCUCCUAGAAGGACAUGAGAAAAAGGUGUGUGGAGCAAGACUAAGGGAGUUCUUAGUUUUGAUCUCAUCUUGUCCAGGAACAGAACCAGAUGACUUCCGCCACAAGGACAUAAGAAGAAGAAGAAAACACCCUGCCAGAUCAGGUCGCAAAUGUAAAUUAAUACGGCCUCCUUCUUCACAAGUGGGGCAUAACAUGUGGCUAAGAAGAGAUGUUUCAGUUAGGUCAGACUAGAAGCCCAGCUAGGGAGAAGUCCUGAAGUCCAGCCUCUCACAGCAUCCAACCAGAUAGAUGCCUUUGGGAAGCUCACAAGCAGGGUGUGAAAGGAUAAAAACCCUCUCCUGCUUCUGCUUCCCCAGCAGCUCUUUGUGUGUGUGGGGGGGGUAGCCUGCCCUUGAACCUGGAGGCUCUAUUACCAUGGGUUGUGGUCUGCGGUUGAUAUAAGUCUCCCCUAAAUUGGCUUCUCCUCUCCUUUUAAAAGUCAUUGAAGUGAGGGGCCAUUUCCACAGCCCCUGUGGCUGUAAAUUCCUGACAAUAUGAAUGACAUAUUGUGUGUGGGGGGGGGGGAAUCCUGCCUUUUAUCUGCCCUGAGUCUACUGCCAAUCAUUUUCCCUGGGCAACUCCAAGCAAGUAAUUCUUUCUUAACAAACAGCUCCCCAUCCCCAUUCAAAGCUGGGCAGUGUGGAGCCUGAGGGAACCUUAAGAGCACGGCUGAGAUAAUGUGUGAAAAGUGCUGUGAGCAAUUAAAGAAUGCCUUGCAGCACAAAAGAUUAUUAUCUGCUGCUAUGGGUGCUCCUUGCCCUCACACGUUUUCAGUGAAAUAGCAAAGACAAAGUUUCCUCUGAACAUGCACAGGGUAUCAUUCAUGGAAAGCAGAAAGUUAAGCAGCAGGAAUUCCUGGAGGUGGGGAAUGGCUAUUUCUUUGGGAGUUAAUCUCUGCCUCUGUCAAAGGACAAUAUGGCCCUUCCUUUAUUUCUCAUCCUUCCUUUUUGCCAAAGAGCAUUGUGCAUAUUUCUGUGCUGCUUUUAUCCUCACAACAAUCCUGUGGGGAAGGCCACACUCCCUGAUCUGCAUGGCUGGGUAGGGAACGGAACCUGGGUCCCUCUGGUCCCAUUACAACACUCUGACGGAUGAGUGGGGAACAUUCACCAGUCCAAGGGCCGCGUCUCCUUGUGGGAAACCGUCUAAGGGCCACAUGCCAAUGGUGGGCGGAGCCAGAGACAAAAGUGGGCAGGGCAGCAGAUGCAGAUUUUACUCUGGGCACAGCAGGCUAGUUUUUACAUACACACUUACAUACCCAGCUCUCUCCAUGUAGGCACGUAAGAGGCAUUCCUAGAGAUCAAGGACACAUUGCAGCCACUCAAGGAAGGCGCAACGCUGGACUGGGGAGAAUGCUAAGGGGCAAACAGAGAGGGCUGCAUAAAGCCCCUAGGCCAGAGGUUGCCCACCCUGCUCCAGCCACUGCACAGCAUCACACAGACUCUCUAAUUUUAAGUGGCUUUUCUGCUCUUUUAAUUUAUUUUUCUCCCGUAAUAAAUACAUCAAUAAAAGUUGGACCAUGAAUUGUGAGCUGUGGGCUCGUUACAUUUGUUUUGCAUGUUUAUUUUUUAAAUGUUGAUUUGUGGUGGACUGUAGGUAAGCUUGUCUUUUUUUUCUUUCCCCCUUUUAGUUCUAGUGACUGGUGGAAUCGUGGCAGUUGCUGGGCAGUUCAAAAACUGGCAGUUUGCAGCCUAUUCAAUGUAUCCUUCCAUGUGAUUUCUCUCUCCUUUCUUCUCCCCCCCCAACCCCCCCCCCGAUUCUGUAGCUGCAAGAUGCCUUGUGAUUCUGUUGGUAUCACAGAAUCAAAUAGGUGGGAGGCACCUCAAAAUCCAUCUAGUCCAACUUCCUUUUGACCAGUUCCCCAGAUGGUACAGCAUGAAUAAAUAGGGGUUUUGCUUAAUCUGGACAUGUGUGUGUGUGUGUGUGUGUGUGUGCGUGCGCUUGCGGAAGUCUAGUGAUUACAAAAUUGGAAUUUCUGUAACUGAACAAUUUGGACGCUUCCCAGCACUUAACAAGAGGUGGAAGCAAGGUUCCAUUGGCCAAAUGAUGUCAAGGAAAUAAAAAAUAGUCGCUUUGCUUAAUGCAGGCGUUCUGCAGAAGUAUGAGGAUUGCAAAAUGUGGAAUUUCUGUAGCUGCACCAUGAAAAGAGGGAAGAAGGUAGGUUCUGUUUAGUAAAUGGUGUCCAGGAAGUUGCAGUUCCAUAGCCAGUCAUUGGCUGCUGGUGAAAGGGCAGAGCAGAAAGGACUGAGUUGGCUUGUAGGUUGUGCAAAGGAACAAUGUGCACAUGGAGUGGCAUCCUGCUGCUUGUGGGUUUGAGCCUGCCAGUCAGUGAGAUCAAGCUCUCUCCCAGUUCAACCAGAUGCCCUUGUGCAGUUUGGUACUUCUCAGACUCAGUUUCCCACAUGUAACACAGCAAUCAGAGGGGUUUUGUUUGCUGGAGCUGUUGAAAGGGUGAAAUGGAAUUGACCUUAUGCUCAUCUGAUCUUUGGGUUAUAGUGGGGGGAUAAAACAGAGCAGAGGAUUUGUAAAGAUCUGGCCUGAUGAGUUCAAACCAAUAUGAAAUCCAGCCUGGUCUGUUCUCUCUCCUGUCCCUGGACCAUGUGUCCAGUUUUUCUGCUCUUCUACAUCCCUCAAAACCUUGGUGUUUGCUUAAAGUGGUUUUACUCCACUCUUUAUCUGAAAAGACUCCCAGAGCAACCUAGGUGUGAUUAAUAAAAAACACGAGCAUCCCUGCCCACAGACAUGCAAUUUAAAAGACAUGGCACAAAAGGAAAAGAGGGAUGGGAUGGAAAAGGAAGAGGGCAAAAGCAAAUUUGACAACCAGUUCUUAAAGGUACAAGGGCCAUUUUAUUCCUUCAUCUGAUUCCCGGUGCCUUUGUGUGAGAAUCUCAGUCUGAUUCAGGCUAUACACAUACAGUAGUACCUUGGUUUACAACCAUAAUCAGUUCCGGAGGUCCGUUUGUAAACCAAAGCAGGUUGUAACCCAAGGAGCGCUUUCGCCAAUGGGGCCUCCAAUUUUUUAAAUUUUUUUUGGUAAUCAAAAAAAAUGGGUUGUGAUCCAAAAAAAGGUUGCAAACUGGGACACGCACUUCCGGGUUUGACAUGUUGGUAAUCCAAGACGUAUGCAAACCAAGGUACCACUGUAGUCACAUUUUGAAGGCCACAUCCACAGCAUACACUUAAGGCACUAUUAUAUCACUUUGUCAGUCAUGGCUUCCUCCAAAGAAUCCUGGGAACUGUAGUUUGUUAAGGGUGCUGAGAGCUGUUAGGAGAUUCCAUCUUCCCCUCACAGAACUACAAUUCUCAGAGUAGUUAAACAACCAAUCUUCUCAGAGUACUCUGGAAAUUGUAGCUCUGUGAGGGGAAGAAGGGUUCUCCUCACAACUCUCAGUACCCUUAACAAACAAACCUCCCAAGAUUCUUUGGGGGUAAGCCAUGGCUGCUUAUGGUGGCAUAAAAGUGAGCUAAACGUGCAGGUAUGACCCUAGUAUUUGUCUAGCGUUUUCUAUCUGCAUGCUCCCCUACAGAUAACAGGUCUCGGUCUCAAGGGGCCUACAGCCUGAAAUAGCUUGCAGCCGUUUCAGUUUUGGUAUUUUGGGGAAAUUUUUGUGUUUGCAACCACAGUGAUUGCAGAAAGGGAUGCAGGCUUUACCUCAGCGUACAGUCUGCUUCAAACAGAUCUCUCUCCAUGCCUCUUCCACCCCCUCACACAGAGGAAAGAUUGUGUUGAGACAAACAUGUGAGCUGCAUGUGUGAACUGGCUCUUUGACUUAAUAUUGCUAAGAUACAAACUUCCUCCAGGUCACUAGUGGGACUUUGGAAAUAUUUUUUCUGUUGGAAACACACACACACAAAUUGUAUAACAACAUAACAUAACAUAACAUAACAUAACAUAACAUAACAUAACAUAACAUAACAUAACAUAACAUAACACAUAACAUAAAACAUAACAUAUAUACAUUUUAAAAAACUCUUCUCUCAUUUCCCAGGACAGAGCAAAGGAGGGAUUCUGGGCUGUCCUGGAUAUCAGGGGCUACUCAGGAGAAAGCUUUCCUAGGAUAAUGGGGCACAACAGAGAUACCCCCCUUUCCUUAACCCUUUUCGCCAAAGAGCUGCUGGAGUCUUUAUAUGCCUGCUGGAGUACCCGAGGGGGAAGCGGAAAAAGGGAUCUACAAUGGAGCGGUGGUAAGUUUUUUUAAAAAAAUGUUUUAUUUUUAUUUAUGAUUUUCAGGUUUAUACAUUUCAAUAAUUUUACAGUCAUUCUAACAUUUCAAAACUUGACUUCCUUCCCCCUAUUUCUGUGGCUCCUUAAAUUUAUUUUUAAUAUCUUCUGCAUAUCCAAAUUAACUUAAUUUGAUCAUUUUUUGAUCUACUUUAAAUAUAUACCGUACUCUUAUGAAACUGCAUUACAGUAAUCCUGCCAAUGUUCUUAACUGUUUACAAUUUGUAAAUAUUCAAUAAACCAUUUCCAUUCUUUUAUAAGUAUGGUGUCUAAUGCCUUUUCAUUUUUGACCAUGAUUGUUAUUGACAUUGGCUUUCAAAAUAGGCAUUCAUUUUAGUUAUGCAGCCUUGUACCUGGUGUUGCUUGGGAAUUCUAAGAACCCAAAACUCCAGCAAACUUUUGAAAUCAAUGGUUACGUUCAGCACAUUUCCAAAAGGGUCAGCCUGCCAUCUUCCUUCAAAAUGGCAUCCAGUAGUAUCCAAACAUAGACAAAACCCUGCUCCUUGAGCUCAGGAAAUGUCUGGUUAAAAUCAAUGUAGUUUCAAAAGGUUAGGUCUGCCUCCUUCAUUCAGUAUGGCUUUUGAGUAAGCUUCUGGGUAUCACAGAACCCUUUGACAACUAGAAUCUGUGUUUGUCAUUGCACUCUCUCUUUUUACUCCCAUCCCCAACAGUGGCCAGAAGUGCUUCACAACUGUCGUGAAGGCAUUUGGACCCCUCACUAGGAAUUACUACGUCCGGGCUUUCCUGCACAUAUGGUAAAUAAUUCAUUCCGCUUCUUGACUUGUCAGCUUUUUCAGUAUUUGGGGGAAAAAAUAGACAAAACUUUCUGCUUUCUCUCUCCAGUUAACUGAUGCUCAUGUCUCAUGGAGACAUGUGUGUGUUUGUGUGUGGCCCACAUACAUGAAACUCACAUGGAAGUCUUAACUGGAUGUGGUUGGGGGGCGGGGCAUUACAGUGGGUCCCCUUUCCUUGGUUCUGCAAUGUGGGUAGGUGUUUUGUUUACUCAAUUGAAUCUUAAGACGGGUCAUAAGAUGUUGGUCACGCCUCCUCCUUACAGUGCAUUCUCCCUUUUUUAAUAAAAAAAACAACAGCAACACUGUAUAUCUGAAGGCAAUGUAGCUUAUUUAUUUAACAAGAUUGAUAUAGCAUUUAUUCCCCCCCCCCAAAAAAAAACACCCCACAAUGUUCUGGUUUAUGUAAAAUACUCAGAAGAAAAUAGCACUAAACUCAGCAGACUUUUUAAAAAGUUGACGUAAUGAAGCCAUCAAAAUGUAGAUAAAAUGGACAGUUUUUGAAACAAUAUGCAUAAUAAAAUGAUCUGUCCUGGGAGGCUUCCCAAACAGAAAAGGUUUUAGCAGGUGUCAAAAACUCUACAAUGAAGGUGGCUGCCUAAUAGGAAGCUCACCAGGUGACCUUGAGUCAGUUGCUUCCUCUUUGUGUAACCGACCUUGUUAUGUAUUGAAGUUCUCACCCUGGCCACCAGGAGUAUCAUGUAUAUAGUUUUCACUCAGGUCCACGUCAGUUACUUUAGGCGGGAAACCCUGGGUUGUUGUUGCUAAAUGUUGACAGCCGGCUGCCUAUAAAAGCAGGCCGGCUGAGCUAUUUGCUGUUCAGUUCUGUUCCAGCUUACACAUAAAGAGCUGCUUUGGAGAAAUCGCUGCGUCGUCUGCUAUGUCUACCCACUAUUUAACAGACCUCGCAGGAUCAUUAAAAGAGGGGGAGAACCGCGUACGCCACCUUGAACUGCUUGGAAAGAAAUCUGGGUUAUAAAUGCAAUGAAUAAUAUUAACAGUUCCUUUUCGGAUCCUGGCCAGUCAGCUGGCAAGACUGUUCUUAAAGUAGGAGGGUCGGGCACAAGCUACUGCUUUAACCUGACAACCCAUUUCAUGCAUUUAUCUUAUUCAGAACAAAAGAUGUAUGUCACGGGGUGCAAAACUAACCUCUUGACCUCCAGAUCCCGCCAGCGUGGCCAGUGGUCCAAGGAUGAUUGAAGACUCAUAACAUUUGGAGACCUGUUGGUUUCCCAUCCCUGACAUACAAUGUUCUGAAGAAGUGUCUGGGCAGAAAUCCCUUAAAUGUCUGGGGGUGGGUGGGGAGAUUUUCACCUUUUGAAAUAUGGGAACCCUGUUACCUGCAUCCAUUAGAGCAUCACAAGAUGGCAUUAAAACAUUCCACACAUAAAUCCAGGCAUUGGGAGGAGACUGCCUAGCUGGACUGCUGGGAUUCUUGGAAGGAAUGGCGCAACACAGGUGAUGCUCUGCUUAUUUCAUUGGUGGCUGGUGCCCAUUGAGACUGGAUAGGGCAGAAGGCAGAGAGGUCAACAGUAGGUGGCGCCAGAGCCAACUAAUUCUAUCUUUGUCCCCAUCAUCCUUCUGCUGAGUUCAUUGCAUUAUGGUUUAUAUGUAAAUUGAUUUGAUAAGCUAUCAUAGAAGUGAGAAGUGGCUUAUAGAUUCUCUAAAACAAAUACAAAUAAAUCUCUCUCACUUAUUCCUUUUGCAGCUUGGCUGUUCCAGCAGCAUUUUUACUGGCCACGAUCCUCGGCACAGUUUGUCUCGCCAUUGCAAGCGGCAUUUACUUACUGGUAAGUAGCCCCCGCCACAACCCCCAUUUGACUCCUGAAUUAACAACAGCAACAGUAAUAAUAUAUACAAAGAUGUCAAAUAGUUAAAAUGAUUUGUAGCUAAUGGAUCAUCCAGUGUUUAGUAAACUGAAUGAUUGAUGAGUUAAAUUUAAAUAAAUGUGCAUUUUACCACAGUGUCGUUCUAGGUGUCCUUUUAAGAUAGUCAAGGAGAAAAUGGAAUAAAUAUUUGUUUUUUGUGGGAGGAUGGUCUUGGAGGAUUAUUAGGUCCUUGUCCUGGGAGUUUCUUGUAAAACAGAGUCGCCCCUGUUUUAAAGCUUCAGUCAUUUUGCACAAAGGAUUCUCCCGUAUAAUUUUUGCAAAGAUCCAGGGCUCAGCUGUCUGAUGGUUUUAGGCUGCAGGAUCUGCAAGGCAACCUUUCCUUCCUGCAAUCCUUUGCUUCAGAGCCUAGGAAUGACUAGCAGCCCUCUAGCUCCCUCUGCUGGUCAGAGCUCAUGCUACCUUUAAAUACAAAAUAUGUUACUUCAAAUUGAUAAUUGAGCAUAUUCCAGUAUUUCAUGUGGAGCAAGAAAUGACGGUGUACAUCCUGGGGUUUAUGAUGCCUAGUGUGGUGUGGCAAUUAGAGAGUUGGAUGGAAGAAACCUGGGAGACCAGGGUUCAAAUCCGCACUCAGGAGGCUUACCUUGGGCCAGUUACCAACUCUCAGCCUAACCUACCUCACAGGGUUGUUGUGGGACUUGAAUAAGGAGUAGGAGGAGAAGCAUGUGUGCCACUCUGAACUCCUUGGAGAAGAAGGUGGGAUAUAAAAGCAGUAAAAAUAUGAUGAUGAUGAUGAUGAUAUUAUAUUAGUAUCUCAUUUUCUUAUAAGUUUUUGUAGAAUGUGUAUAAUUUAUGUGGUGUAAAAAGCUUGUUUAAUCUUAACUGGGCAUUUGCUAUCACUUAUUUGAGUCUAACAAGAUAAUUCAAUUUUUAAAAGUGCUGAGGCCUCAGCUUUUUACCCCGGACUUUGGCAUCUGAGAGAAUAUAUUUUUAGAACCCACACUCUUCUCUUCACAAUGACAUUUAUUUUUAGAUUCCUGUAACCCAUCCUGAGACCUUAUGGUGAAGGGCAGGGAAUAAAUCAAAUAACCAUAAUCAGAAAUGAAUAGUGAAAAUGUUUUGUAUCCAACUGACAUUUACUCGGAGUAGACCCAUUGAAAUAAAUAGUUACAUCCCUUAAUUUCAAUGGUUGUACUCUGAGCAUGACUUACAUUGGAUACAACAUAAUAAUAGUAAUAAGUCUCUCCAAGGCAGAAAUUUACUCAUUUUUCCUCUAGUAAAGAUUCAACACAUUUCCCCACUUCCUCUCAAAUCAUUAUUAUUUGUUUUCAAAUGUGAUACAAAAGUAAAAAUAAAAUAAACAUCGAACAAAAAUACGAUGCAGGUCCAUCGAUGCAUAAAGGGCAUCAAGAAAAACGGAAACAACUUUUUAAAAAAAUACACAGUUUCUGUGCAAUGAACUCAGUGAGGUCAGCUGGCUGGCUUACAUUGCCAUCAGACCGACAGACUGGGGUGGGAGGGAUGUGACUUGAAUGGAGGCUAUGGACAGAAUGAGUCUUUGACAGAACAGAGAUUUGCAUCAGGGUUUAAAUUCUGCCUUGAAGUAUCAGUCGCUGGGAAUUGCUGGUGUAGAAAGCGCUGUUAGACACUCAGGUUGUGCUUGAGGAUUUCCCUGUGAGAAUAGGAUGCUGGACUAGAUGGGCCUUUAGCCUGAUCAGCAAGGGUCUUCUCAGGUUCUUUAUGUUCUUAUACUGAGUCCAACCAUUUAUUCCUCUAGUUCAGCAUCAUCUACACAGAUGGGCAGCAGCUUUCAGGGUUUCAGGCAGGGGACGAUUCCCAGCCUUACCUGGAAAUGCCAGGAGCUUCUGCAUGCAAGGCAGAUGCUCAACCUCUGAGCUAUGGCAAGGACAAUAUAGGGAACUUAGGAAGCUUCUUCUCCUGAGUCAGGCCAUUGGUCCAACUAGCACAGUAUUGUCUACACUGACAGGCAGUGGCUCUCCAAGGUUUCAGGUGGGAGUCUCUCCCAGCCCUACUUCUGUGGUAGAUCAUCUGCUUUACAUAUUGAAGUUUCCAGGUUCUAUAUGUGGCGCCUCCAGGGAGAAUUAGAAAUGUAGCCUUGCCUGAAGCCCUGAGGUGCUGUUGACAGUCAAUGUGGACAAUACUGAGCUAGCUCAACUAAUCUUGUCCGACUUUGUGUAAGGCCUCAGACGCUCCUGUGAACCUGGGACCAUGUGCAUGCAGAAAAUAAAAAUAAAAAUGGGUUUUGCCCUUGAGAUACCCUUUCCCCCUUCAUAUCUCUCUGGGCUUUUUCCUCCAGGCUGCCAUCCGUGGCGAAGAGUGGCGUCCCAUCGAAGUGAGGCAACGGGAAGCGCUACAAAUAGGAGCCACAAUUAAACACCCUCCAACCAACCCACCCCCACGGCCGCCAGCUGAGGCUCGCAGAAAGCAAGCGGGCGAGGUAGAAGCUGCAGCCCAGGAUAACCCACUGCCUGUUGUCAUCGAGGCUGAAUGAAUGACAGGCCGGGCUGGUGCCCUCGAAGGAGCCUGAGGGGGCUUCUUUUGCUGUGCUCGGAGCAGUGGGGGAGGAGUGGCCAUUUUGUGGUUGAUCUUCGGAUAUUGUCCUCCUCUUCCAGCUCUGUUGUCUGCCUCUACAGAUGCUUCUCCACAAGCCAGAUUCUCCUCAGUCCUGUCACUUCCCCCAGUUUGUUCCUGGCCAGGUAGCUGCCAUGCUUGUUUCACGACAGGGCCCAGCGGCGGCCAUAUUGUUCGCCUCCAGAAUACCCAUUGGAGAAUUGUGAAGCUCCAGGCAGGGAUGACUCCAGCCGGCAUCCUGAGAGUGGCAAUGGCUUUCUCUUUUCUUCAUGGGGAACCUUCCGUUCUCUCUAGGAUUCCCCAUGUUUUUACUUUGUAAUAAAAAUUACCUGGUUGGUUGGUUGUCUUCUUUGUA